UUUUUUUUUUUUUUAAAAAAAAAAAUACAAAAACUUUUCUCUUUUCUUUUAUUUAAAUUUUUUUUAUAUAUAAAAACUAAUAAAAAUAUCAAAAUUAUAAAAUUAUACAUUAAUAAUAAUGACAGAAGUAACAUCGCUAUUAGGAAAUAAUAAUGGUUCUCAACCAUACAAUUCAGUUGUAAUACCAACUUCCACGGCAAAAUUAUUAGAUUUUAAAUAUCGAUUACUAUUUUACAAUAAUGAUAAAAAAUGGAACUCAUUGAAAGCAAUCCUUCGAUUAUUGUUAAUAUUUUUAGUAUCUACUUUCAUAGUUUAUCUAAUACUGAAAAUAUGUUUACCACCAUUAAACGAAGAGCAAAAACGAUCGGUACGUUUACCAAGUGGAAUAGAAGAUUUGCAAUUAUUGAACAAAUUAUUAGCACAAUAUAUGGACCAAUAUUAUUAUAGUGUAAUGACCGUUUUUGUGAUUGUAUAUAUCUAUUUACAGACAUUUUCUAUACCUGGCAGUAUGUGGUUAUCGAUAUUGGGUGGUGCUUUGUUUAAUCUUGUUGUAGCCCUCUUCUUAGUUUGCCUUUGUUCAGCAAUUGGUGCAACCAACUGUUAUUUAUUAUCUCAUAAAUUUGGAAAAUCGUUUGUAAAAGACAAAUUCUCUGAAAAAUUAGAUAGAUGGGCAGAAAAAUUACGAUCGCAUUCGCAAAAUUUAUUUAAUUAUAUGAUUGUACUUCGUUUAUCCCCAUUUCCGCCUAAUUGGUUUGCUAAUAUAGCAGCUCCACACGUUGGUGUUCCUUUAAAAGUAUUUUUUAUUGGAACAUUUUUUGGUGUUGCUGCACCUUCUUUAAUUCAUGUACAAGCUGGUUUAACUAUCGAACAUUUAACAAAUGCUUCCGAUUUUAAAAUAUUCUCAUUUACUAAUGUUUUUGCUUUAAUAUUAAUUGCCUUUGCUGUUCUAUUACCUGUUUGGAUUAGAAGAAGGUUUGAAAAGGCUGAAAAUGAGUUAAAUGAUGAAAACAAUCAGAUUGAAAAUAAUAAUACUCCACCAGUCUCUCAAAUUGUAUAGAAGUAUAUAAUCGCGUAGUCGUCAAAUUGCAUAGAAGUAUAAUAUUAUAAUUUUUACUUUUUGUAAUUUAGUUUAUUGCCUAAAUUAGAAAAAACCCGUUUCCCCAUAUAAUUUUAAUUAUUAAUCGAUGUAUACUGGACACAUGUUAUAUGCAUGUUCAAACUUUGUAUUUUAACUUGCAGGAUAUAUAUUAUAUCUUUAAAAUGUUCAAGUUUCAAUAAAAUUGAUUUAUACGG